GUAAAAUGGCAUCCCUGAUCGCUCCGCGAUGCGAUGUUUCGUUUUGAGGUUAAGUAUCGAUCAGUGCGCUGGCGCCGUCUCGGCAGCGACGGGGACGCGAGAGUGACGCUCGUCAUGUUUCCAUCCCGGUGGAUCUCGCCGACCCGCGCGAGUUAGGAGUCGGUGCUUCCGCUACGAUGACAGUGUGCUGAUCGCUACAGCGAAACAUGGCGCAGUCUAUCCUCGAUGUUCUGACAGAUGUCUCGCUGGACGGCUCCUCUGUGCAAUCCUUGCUGGAAUCUCAAAACCUGAUAGCUGAAGUCGAACAGUCAGCGAUUGAUCAGGAUGAGGAAGACAUAUUCCAAUGUGGCAAAUGUAAAAGUCAAUUUACGUCACUCCAACUGUUCAUACUCCACAAGAGAACGCACCAGAAAACGCAGCAGCAAACAGUAGACUUGACUCAAUUUCUAACAAACGAUGAGAGUCAGGUAAUGCAUGUGGAAGAUGUCGUUCAAGAUGAGUCGCAGUAUAAUUCGCAGGAAACCUUUCAGCUUGGAGAACCUAUUAUUCUCGAAGAAGCAGACAUGCUAUUUAGUGUGGAUCAGGAGGCUGCUAAUUAUUUCAUGACAGACUCCACAUUCAGCGUGCCGAUUAUUUUGAGUACAGAGAACCUGGAUACUUUCGAUAAUGCUGCCAUCGAGGCGACGAGGGAAGAUUCAAGCGAAGUGCCGACGAUACUGCAAAACGACAUCAGUUCACAGGAGGAUGCUUCGAGUCAAUCCGAACAUCCUAGCGCCUCGUUGACGGAUAACGAGCCAUCUCUAGCGGACAAUGAGCCACCUUUAGAGGACAACGAAUCCUCUCUUGAGAACAACGAGACAUCCCUCCAGGAUAAUUCACUCAGUGUAUCAGAAAAUGGCAUCAAUCGAACGCAGAACUUAAGGUAUAAAUGCGGUUAUUGCAACAAGCAGUUUGCAAAAAAAUUCUAUUGGCAACAGCACGAACGUUCUCAUACUGGAGAAAAGCCUUAUCAAUGCGUAGUAUGUGGUCGUGCAUUUGCGCAAAAAUCAAACGUAAAGAAGCAUAUGUCCUCGCACAAAGUAUGGCCUGGUACCGCUAUUCACUCAUUACCACCAGAGGCGCCUCCGGACGGAAGUAUCGACCGCACAUACCAUUGUCAAUUCUGCAAAGAAACGUUUGAUUCGUACAAAGCUCUAAAAGGCCAUCUAAUUGUCUCGCAUCUGGCACUGAAAGUGUACAAAUGCGUUCAGAGCAGCUGUAGUAUGAUGUUUUCGGAUCUGGAGGAGUUCCUCGAGCACACGCGCAACCACAAGUGCUCGGAAUACCGAUGUCACGUGUGUGGUGAAGUGUUCAGUACUCUGUCGGAUCUUGGUGGCCAUCAGUACGUCCACUCCGUCCAGAAGCAGAAGACCACGGAGAAGUAUUACUGCUGCUCGACUUGCAAAUCGUCAUUUUCGAAUCUGGAGGCAUUGCAGCACCAUAAGGAAACCACCACACACAACUAUGCAUGCCUGCAUUGUGGUAAAAGCUUUCUCAUCGAGAGAUUUCUGCGCCGUCAUCUCAAAACUCACUCGGCAUCGGCGAGAUUUGUCUGUGAGGAUUGCGGCAAAGCUUUUAAAACCGAGCAGUAUCUGGCUAACCAUAAGCUUAUACACAGCGAAGAGACGCCUUUUACAUGUCCGCAUUGCCCAGCCAGAUUCAAGCGGAAAGAUCGACUGGGCCGGCAUAUGUUGAUCCAUGAUUUGACAAAGAGACUUAAGUGUCCGUUUCGCAAUUAUUUGGGCUGCAUGAGUGAGUUUUCGCGGCCAGACAAACUCAAACGGCAUCUGCUGACGCAUAGCAAUGUCAAACGGUUUAGUUGCAGCCACUGCAAUCGCAACUUCCACCGAGCGCAAGCUCUUAAACAUCACGAAAUAAAUAAGCACAGCCUUAAAUGUGACAUCUGCUCCCAUGCCUUUAAGACUAAGGAGCAAUUGGUUACUCAUAAUUGCGAACAAUCAAAUGAGACCAAGAAGCACAACUCUCAACUACCGAAAAAAGCGUCUGGAUCAUUUAAGCCGAGGAAACCCACCCCAAAGAGACAAACAUUAUCAAAGACUGCAAUCCCGCUUGCCGACAAAGAGAAAUUAGACAAGCUUAAGACUGAUGAGAUGGAAAGAAAGAUUGCCUCCGAAACAUUCAUAUCUGGUGAUAUCGACGAGGAAGCCAACAAGAGAAUGGAAAAUAUUCCUCCCGUCUUGAAAACAGAAUCAACUGGCGGUGAAUUAAAUGAGCGAUCCGACUCGCCAGUUACGGACUUCGAGAACGAUUUCAAACGCAACAUGGAAUUUUACUCGCCCCAUGCGAGCGAGUAAAAUUUUGCAAUAUACAUAUAUAUAUAUAUAUAUA